AUGCCCGGAGAUGCCGAGUACUGGGUCAUGGGCACCUAUCUGCCGUGUGGCAUUGCCCUGUUCCACGCAUCGAACAGUCGCUUCUACCAUGUGGCAAAGCUUCAGGAGGGCUAUAUUAUUCGCAGCAGUGGUGGGAAUGAUUUAUACUCCACGAGGAGUAAGCUCGGUGUCGUAGACCGGUUCCGUCGCCUUGCAUACACUACCAAGAUCCUCGUGUUUGUUACGGUGGCGUCGCUCGUUCAGUCAUUAGGUAUUUCUCACGGUCUUGAUGUGGCUCAUCUCUCGCAAAUGGCAUCGUACUUGGGGGAAUCCAGGCACCGAGGUCCAUGGAACCGAGAUGCAGCAAAAGUCGGCAAUGGAGCGGGGCUGGGAGUGGUGUUCUGGUCGUGGAUUGUGGGCCCCGUCGUUCUCUGGAAAUCCCGGCACAUCCACGACACCCACGGCUGGAGAGUCCAGACGAUAGGCUGCGUCAUCGCCAAUCUCCCGGCGACGCCGAUGUGGCUCAUCGCCCUCCAUGUUCCCGCCAUGGAGCCGGAAAGCGGGGCUGACCCUUGUAGGAUUUGUCUCUCUAUCUGGGUGAUGGAGGUUUUUGCUGUUCUCCUGCCGUGCCGAGAGGUAAUGCGCCAUCACGCUAUCCGACAAGGGGCCUUCGAUUCGAUCGCACGGUGGGAACCCAAUACCAAUCCUUUUGCUGAUGGCACCACGGCCCGCAGGUCAGCCUCCAUUCUUGUCGAGCUCACAGGGUCUGGCCGGGAAUCAUGGGAUAGAUCUCUUGGCUCCAGCUCCAGCUCUCGGGAUAGCAUAUUCACCAAGCGUGCGCUUGAAUGCGUCUUGGCGCUCAAUCCUGCCCCGCUGCAGGAUUCCUCCGCCCAUCGCGACUUUUCUGGAGAGAAUAUAGCUUUUCUGACCCGGGUGGCAGAAUGGAAGAGCUCGCUGCCCCAUGCGGUCUGGGAUAGCAGAAUCUCAGACUAUGGAGAUCUUACCGAUUUGAUUCGGGAGCAGUUUUACCGCGCGCUGUGUAUUUACACGACGUUCAUCAGUGGUCGCGCGCAGUUUCCAAUCAACAUCUCUUCGCAGCACCAGAAGGAGCUGGAGAACGUUUUUGAGGGCCCUGCUGGGCUUCUGUUUGGACACGCGCGCCCGGCCAAUCCUGCCGUUCCCUUUGAUGCGCCAGGCUAUGGCCCCACGCCCUCAGCGUCUCCGAUCGCCUCCAUAAAGGCCGACUCCGGUUUGCUAUUCACCGACAAUAGUCGGGCGCAAUACUGGGGCGAAAUCCCCCAAACAUUCAAUGCGACGGUCUUUGACCGAGCCGAGGAGAGCAUCAAAGACCUCGUCCUCACCAACACAUGGCCCAAGUUUGUUCGAGGUUGCGGCCUCGCAGCUGAGGUCGCCAGCGAUGGAAGGUUGGACUGCAUGGCAUCUGUUUGGGAUAAUAGUCGAGCAAUAGGUGAAGACCAUCUGGUCAGAAGAGCCAAUGACGCCGAAAUUAUUGACUCAGCCACCGCUUACGAGUCUACUGUUCCCCGCUCAACACCACGUUCUACGGGUAUUGCAGCAGCGCUUGGAGCGCUCUGCGAUUGUGCCGAGAAGGUGGAACUGCACAUGGCGUUUAGAGCGCUCCAGCGAAGAAGCCGUAUCCAUUCCGCAUCUAAGGCUUCGAUCAUCCCAAAGGGGCUGAAUCGGUUGCGAGCUGACAUUGAGGGCAUCCGUCACGCGGCUGUGCACCGCCAGCUACAGGAUCAUCGUCGUCUACUACAGCAACUGCACUCAGCCCGAGUGUUUGCAAUUGUAUGGCUGGGCGACUCGCAGUGUGGAAUGGAGAUCGAGCAGUGUCAAAUGCGGAUCAACCGGCUUUUCAGCGGAUGGAAGGCACACACCCGCCGUCUCCAUGGCAAUCUGGCUGCGCGGAUGGGAUGUAACAGGAUGCCUGAAGGCCGACAUCACCAAUUUCUCUUGCUUGAGGCGACAAGGAGACUCUUGGAAAAGACCAAUCACGAUUGUGUUGGGCAAGAGGACUACAUCCUACGAGCGAGCUUUCCGUCAUUGUAUAUGACGAUGAGGGCAGGGCAUGCGUAG